AGCAGAAGACAUCGUUUCGUGGGAACCAAUCACGAGUGUGACUGGUUCAUCUCUCGUUUUUGGUAUUGCUUCUGACGUGCGCAACUUCUUUGGGUGGUGGAGGUUCGUGUUUUUAUUGUAAAAUUUACAAAGAGAAUGGCAGCGCAGUGGAUACGAAAUGCAGUUCCGAAAAUCGGCAGUGCCCGUUUUUACAGCAGUAAAGUUCACAAAUGCACACUUAUUCCUGGAGAUGGUAUCGGGCCUGAAAUUUCUGUCGCCGUCCAAAAGAUUUUUGAUGCUGCCAAGGUACCUAUAGAAUGGGAAUCUGUCGAUGUAACACCAGUAAAAGGUCCAGAUGGAAAAUUUGGUAUUCCACAAGCUGCCAUUGAUUCAGUUAACAGGAAUAAAAUUGGUUUAAAAGGUCCAUUGAUGACACCCAUAGGAAAAGGACAUAGGUCUUUAAAUCUUGCAUUAAGAAAAGAAUUUAAUUUAUAUGCUAAUGUUCGACCAUGCCGUUCCUUAGAAGGUUAUAAAACACUAUAUGACAAUGUUGAUGUUGUCACUAUUAGAGAAAAUACAGAGGGAGAAUACUCUGGCAUAGAACAUGAAAUUGUAGAAGGAGUUGUACAGUCUAUUAAAUUAAUUACAGAGGAAGCUUCUAGUCGAGUAGCAGAGUUUGCUUUUCAAUAUGCUCAGGAUAACAAUAGGAAAAAGGUGACUGCUGUACACAAAGCAAAUAUAAUGAGAAUGUCAGAUGGUUUGUUCUUAAGGUGCUGUAGAGAGGCUGCUCAGAAAUUUCCUUCUAUUAAAUUUGAAGAGAGAUAUUUAGAUACAGUCUGUUUAAACAUGGUUCAAGAUCCUGGUCAAUAUGAUGUACUUGUAAUGCCUAAUUUAUAUGGUGAUAUUUUGUCUGACAUGUGUGCUGGACUUGUAGGAGGACUUGGUCUUACACCAAGUGGAAAUAUUGGUUUAAAUGGAGCACUGUUUGAAUCUGUGCAUGGAACUGCUCCAGAUAUAGCAGGUCAAGAUAAGGCAAACCCUACAGCAUUGUUAUUGUCUGCUGUAAUGAUGCUUAAAUACAUGGGACUAAAUCAGCACGCAAAAAUUAUUGAAAAUUCUGCUUAUGAUACUAUUAAAGAAAGCAAAUAUUUAACAGGAGAUUUAGGUGGAUCUUCAAAAUGCAGUGAAUACACUAAUGAAAUUUGCAAAAAAGUUCAAGCACUAGCGAAAUAAAUAUAAAGUUUAUUAAACUGCCAAAUACUCGUAGAAACAAUACAUGUGAGGUAAAGUGCUGUUUUUGAACAUCUCUGUAAUUAUUGUUUUUAAAAUUAUCUUCAAUGUACCUCCCUCAGGACAAAUCAGCAAUUUGGUCUGGAAUAAGUUGCAGAAGUUUUCAGUGUAGGCAAAGAAUAACUUAUUCAUCUGUUCCCGUUCAUUUAGAUAAUUUUUGUCGAGUACUUGAUCUAGUUUAUUAUUAUAAAACUUAAUAUCACUCAACUUCGUGAAUCUGUUAAUGUGUAACAGCAUUUAUAUGAUUUUAUUAUAACAAAACUCAAGCAGUUUAAACACGCGUAUUGACUGAGUGUACAUUUAUAUAUGUUUGUCACACUUCUUUAUUUUAAAGAAGAAUUCUGAUAGAAUCUGUAAAAAAAUUAGACAUAUAAAUUAAUCUAGGAACACUGUACAAUACUUUUAAACGAAGUUGUGAAAGAUACGUGGCCUCGAGUAAAAAUUUCAACAAACAACAUU